AUUUGCCCUAAAAGCUUAUAGGAACGAACAGUCAUCAGUUGAACUCGAAAAUUUCAGCGUAGAGGCAUAAGAGUAGGGGGACUAAGACAACAAUUCAAAGUAAUCUCGAGAACUGUCAUCCUCAAAACUAUUGGCACUUAGGUGAGUAUAUAUCAAUGAGCUUCGAGAUAGAGUACACCGGCAUCGGAGAUGGACCAAAGAGAAUCAAUUGGGGACAUAUCAAUGUCACUUUGACUUCAUGUUUCGAGUCGUUUUUCUUUUCUUAUCUAGCCAAUGUUCAAGCUCUUUCUAGCCAGUCCUGUACCAUUCGUUUUACCUUGUCUAAAGUCCGACAUUUCACUGCUCUGUCUCUUCAUCAUAUAUUCACACUCAUCCACCAGCAUUUACAAACAUCUUUUAUCAAAAGCCAAAUCUCGCCAAAUCUCACCAAUCUCACAGAUACAUCGAAAGCCCCAACAUCAACAUGGCAUCCCCAUCCCUAGACCACCUCGUCCUAUUCCUCCCCCACUCCCCCUCAACCGACUUCCCCGUGAUCCCAUCCAGCCUCUCCAACGCCUUCACCCUCACACCCGGUGGCCACCACGCCGACGGCCUAACCUCCAACACCUUGAUCAUCCUCGCAGACGGCUGCUACAUCGAACUAAUAACCUUCCUCCCGCAACCCAGCACCUCCACCGCCGUCCAAACCCACUGGUGGGGCGGCCCCCCUCCCACCUCCCUCGGCUGGAAAGAUUGGUGCCUGACCUCCACUGACUCCCCGUCCGCCAACCACGCCCGGAUCGCGUCUUCGCACGCCGCGCCCAUCAAGGGCGGGCGCAAGAGACCGGACGGCAAGGAGGUGAAGUGGGCUGUUACGUUCCCCGAGGGCGAGAAUGGCGGGCAGGGGAGUAGGGGUAGGGUGCCGUUUUGGUGCCAUGAUGAGACGGAGCGGGGGUUGAGGGUUCCGGGGGAGGAGGAGAGGGUGCGGCAUGCGAGUGGGGUUUUGGGGGUGGAAGGGUUGAGUGUUGUUGUUGGGGGUGGGGAGGAGGGGUUGGAGGCAUUGAAGAGGGUGUAUGAGGGGGUGCUUGGGGUGGAGGGGAGGAAGGGGGAUGGGGAGGUGGUGUUUGAGGUUGGGAGGGUGAUUGAUGUGGAGGGGUUGAGCAAGGGGCCGAGGAUCGUGAUUAAGUUGCCCAGGAGUGAGGAGGAGGUGAAGAGGGUGGAGGAGAAGGGGUUUUGGUUUGGGGACGUGGUUUUGGCGGCGAAGAAGGAAGGUAAGGCUGCUGGAACGGUUGAGAGGGUGGAUAUGGAGGAGGAUGGGAUCAGGGGCAUUUGGAUCAAGUAUAUCUGAAUGGCGACGAUGCUUUCGUUGUCUACUCGGUUUAAUGAAAUUGGCUGUGACAGCAUACAUCACUGAUGUAAGGGCAUAUGUGACUUC